UGCCCCCGAGGCUGACCCUGUUCUGUGACGAGCACGGCAACCCCACGUGCCAGGCGGCGGCAGGGAAGCCGGCUGCGCGCAUCUCGUGGGUCCUAGAGAACAACUCUACCCCCAAGGAACAAGACCACGACAACGGGACCGUGACUGUUCUCAGCAAGUUGACAGCGUACCGCACCAACGGGACCAAUACAGCCUGCAUUGUGUACCACCCAGCUGGGAACCAGAGCAAGUCCAUAGCCUGUCGUUACUCAG